AGAGCAAAAAAACUGGUGAAGUAAAUAUAAAUUCUUUGUUUCGACGUUUACAAAGUUGUAUUUAAUAUUUCUUUUGAGAAAACACUUUUAAAUAAACAAAAGAUCAGUAUCGCAGUAUUAUAUUUAAUGAAUGUAUAUGUAGAUUUUAAGUAAAAAAGCUUUUUAGACGUGUAGCCAGAAACACAACAGAAAAAAUGUCAAGUGCAAGAUCACAACGUUUAGCGCGCGAGUUCAAAACUUUAUCUACAAAACCACCGUGGGGUGUAUCCUGUAGCACAGAAAAAGAAGAUGUUUAUGAUGUUAUUCUUAUUAAUAUGUCUGGUCCUAAAAACUCACCCUACGAAUCUGGAAUCUUUAAACUAAUAAUCAACGUUCCUGACAAAUAUCCUUUUGAACCGCCGCAAGUUAAAUUCGUCACACCCGUUUAUCAUCCUAAUAUCGAUUCAGUUGGCAGAAUUUGUAUGAACAUGUUAAAAAUGCCUCCAAAAGGCUCUUGGUUGCCCACAAUUACCAUUGAAACAUUGUUAAUAUCCAUACAAACACUUUUGGCAAAUCCAAACCCUGAUGAUCCUUUGGUCUUAGAAAUAGCUCUUGAAUUCAAAUGUAACAAAGAUGAAUUUCUAGAAAAAGCUAAAAGAUACACGAAAGAACAUGCUACAAGUUAAAGUUUAUGGAAUUACUCUAUGAAUUCUGAAUUAAAUUGUGAAAUGAUUUGCAUGUAAGAAUACAUAAUUAACAGCCAGUUUAUUCAAUUGGCAAGCUUGAUAUUUCUAUGAA